AUGAAAUCAAGACUUCUCGCCCUGCUCUUCGCUGCCGUUGUGGGAAUCGCAGCUGGGCCACUGCCAAAUGUCUUCGCACAGGGUUAUUCUCAGCAUAUACAGCUCCUCAAUGCAUAUCCUAUGGACUACCCGAUUUGGUACGCGCGGAUGAUGGAGAAAAAGAGGGAGUCAAGGAAAUGCAACUGGUUCGGCGGUCUAGAGUCCGCUGAGUCCUGGAUGUAUUCGCAUUCGGCGGCUUUCAAGAAGAAGACGGUGGGUAAUUAUACUGUAAAUGGCGUUGCGGCAGGGAAGUUCAAGACGGAGGGGGAUUUGAGCUGGGUGGGGGUCUUUGGUGCUGGCCACAGGGCGUUCGGGCAGACGAUGCAGUAA